AUGUGGUUUGGUGGGGUCCUGCAGAUGGUGGCGGCAUUUAUCCUGCUGGCGGUCGCCCACUACUUCGCCGCCGGCUUUCUCCCCGUUGCCGACUGCGACGAAACGUACAACUUCGUGGAGCCGAUCCACCAGCUGUUGUACGGAAGCGGGCUACAGACGUGGGAAAAUUGCCCGAUCUACGCGCUGCGUUCGUGGCUCUUCACGUGGGUCUACGCAGCGCCUGCGUUCCUCGUCACCAGCAUGCCAAGUCUGCGGAACGUGGACGUGUACUACUUCAUCCGCAUCUUUCAUGGCCGCGUAGCGUGCCUGGGGGAGCUGUUCCUUGUGUAUAGCGUGUGGGACGCCUUCUCCGGCCGAGUCGCUGUGGUGACGCUGGUGCUGCUGCUGCUCAACUACCCGAUUCCACACGCCGCUGUGAGCGCGUUGCCAACGAGCUUCGUCAUGAUCAACUACUUUGUGCUGCUGGGCUGUUGGCUCCGCACGGGCCACCGCUCUCGCAGUCGCGGUGCUGGCAGCAAUCAUACGGGUGGUAGUAGUAGUAGUGGUGGUGGUGGUGGUGGCCAUAAUAGAGAUAGUGGCCUCGCCCCUCAUGUAAGUGCGUCGAGGCGCGUGCCAGUACCAACACCACGUGGCGCCAUCUUCGGCACUGUCUUCUUCACGGUAUUGGCCUGCGUUGUUGGGUGGCCAUUCGCCGGGCUCGUCGCCGUCCCUGUGGGGAUUGACAUGCUUCUGCGCUUCCCCGUAAUGUCAGUAGCGUCUCUUUUGUUAUCGCUUGCCACAAUUGUGCCUCUCGCGGUCGGCCUCGACACGCUGUACUAUUGCCGCGUGACGUGGAGCGCGUGGAACCUUGUGCGCUACAAUGUGCUGGGCGAGGCGGAGCGCGGGCCGGAGCUGUACGGUGUGGAGCCGUGGUACUACUUCAUCAAGAACCUUCUUCUCAACGUGCAUGUGAUGUUCCUCGCCGGCGUCACGGCUCCUCUUGUCAUCCUCCUGAAGCCAGCAGCACGCAGCAGCAGCAGCAGCGGUGCAGUGUCGCUACUGCGGAAGCAGGCACCGCUUCCACUGUCGCCAGCGGAGUUGGAAACACGAGCGGUGUCGGCUCAAAUUCUCCAGCAGCACCAGCGAGUGGUGUCGCGGGGCCGCAUGCUGCUUUACAUCUCCCCGUUCUUUUUGUGGUUCACCUUCUGGUUCACGGUGCCGCACAAGGAGGAGCGGUUCAUGGCGCCGGCGUACCCAUUUCUUGUGCUCUCCGCCGCGUUAUGUUUCACACAGGUGUUCUUCGCCUGCACCCCGUCAAUGACGACGGCGACGACAGCGGCGGACGCAGGGUCAGCGACGUUUGCGUCUAAGCCGGAGGUGCAGCGUGAGCGGGGGCGUGGCGGUCGUGUGGGGCGGUCACGCGCGUCAUGGCUGCUGCCGGCCAUGGGCUGCACUUUGCUUGUCCUCUUCGGCAUCGUGUCGUUCUCGCGCAGCAUGGCCGUCUACAAAUUCUACGCCGGGCCGCAGCGACUGCUCUACGACAACUACGACGUGCUGCGGAACGCUGCGGCACAAAAGUUGGCGGGGCAGGUGAGGAGUAGCAGCACUUUUCACAAUCGCAACGUCACCGGCAGUCAUGACAGCAGCGCAGCAGCCCUCUACACGCUCUGUGUGGGCCGCGAGUGGUACCGCCUCCCAUCGUCCUUCUUCGUCGACCCGCAGCUUGCACGGGUGGCAUUCAUCAAAACGCCCGCCUUUUCGGGCGCUCUGCCGCUGCCAUUCGCGCGGAACGACACCGGCGCGACGUGCCGUUGCGGCUCCGCCGAGGUCAAUGAUCUCAACCGCGAGAUCUCCGCGCAGUAUGUGGCGGACGUGGCGGCUGACUGCGACGUUGUUCUUGACAGCGACAGCAAUGCAGCAGACGCGCGUGACUCGCCGGAUUACCCGCGUGACAUCUUUGCGCACGCCCUGGCACCGCCGCAGUUGCUGCUGGACGUUGACAGGACGCCGAUGUGGUGCCGUGUGUUGUACUACCCGCUCGGCAUCAGCGAACGGUGCGCUGUGUGGCGGCGGGUCGGGUUGUGGAGCAAGCACCGCCCCGCUGCAGCGUGA